AUGUUCACGCUCACACUCACAGUCACCUCCACCCCGGAGCCGUGCCCCAGCGUCCCGUCUCCCCACAGGCAGCUCCUGGACAAGGACACCUUCUCCAAGUCGGACCCGCUCUGCGUGCUCUACACCCAGCGCCCCGGCAGCCGGCAGUGGCGGGAGUUUGGCCGGACCGAGGUCAUCGACAACUCCCUGAACCCUGACUUUCUGCGCAAGUUCGUCCUCGACUACUUCUUCGAGGAGAAGCAGAACCUCCGCUUCGACCUGUACGAUGUGGACUCCAAAAGCCCCGACCUCUCCAAGCACGAUUUCCUUGGCCAGGCCUUCUGCACCCUGGGCGAGAUCGUGGGCUCGGCCGGCAGCCGCCUGGAGAAGCCCCUGACGAUGGGGACGGUCACUACGCACGCCCGGGGCAGGAGACCCGCUCCAGCUGUCUCCAAUGGUGGAAUCCCCGGCAAGAAGUGUGGCACCAUCAUCCUCAUCGCUGAAGAGCUGGGCAACUGCCGGGACGUGGCCACACUGCAGUUCUGUGCCAACAAGCUGGACAAGAAGGAUUUCUUCGGCAAAUCCGACCCCUUCAUGGUCUUCUACCGCAGCAACGAGGACGGGACCUUCACCAUCUGCCACAAGACGGAGGUGGUGAGGAACACGCUGAACCCGGUCUGGCAGGCGUUCGCCAUCCCGGUGCGCGCCCUCUGCAACGGCGACUACGACCGAGCCAUCAAGGUGGAGGUGUAUGACUGGGACCGCGAUGGAAGCCACGACUUCAUCGGGGAGUUCACCACCAGCUACCGGGAGCUGGCACGGGGACAGAGCCAGUUCAACGUCUACGAGGUGGUGAACCCCAGGAAGAAGAUGAAGAAGAAGAAGUACCUGAACUCGGGGACGGUGACACUUCUGUCCUUCGCGGUGGAGUCCGACCACACCUUCCUGGACUACAUCAGGGGCGGGACCCAAAUCAACUUCACGGUGGCCAUCGACUUCACGGCAUCCAACGGGAACCCCUCGCAGUCCACCUCGCUGCACUACCUGAGCCCCUACCAGCUCAACGCCUACGCCAUGGCCCUCAAGGCAGUGGGCGAGAUCAUCCAGGACUACGACAGCGACAAGAUGUUCCCCGCCCUUGGCUUCGGCGCCAAGAUCCCGCCGGAUGGACGCGUGUCCCACGAAUUCCCACUGAAUGGUGACGCGGCCAACCCAGCGUGCAGCGGCAUCGAGGGCGUCCUGGAGGCGUAUCACCGCAGCCUGCGCAGCGUCCAGCUCUACGGACCCACCAACUUUGCCCCUGUGGUCAACCAUGUCGCCCGCUCGGCAGCAGCGGUGCUGGAUGGGUCCCAGUACUUCGUGCUGCUUAUCAUCACCGAUGGCGUCAUCUCGGACAUGGCGCAGACCAAGGAGGCCAUCGUCAACGCUGCCAAGCUCCCCAUGUCCAUCAUCAUCGUGGGGGUCGGCCAGGCCGAGUUUGACGCCAUGGUGGAGCUGGACGGUGACGACAUUCGUAUCUCCUCCCGCGGCAAGGUGGCCGAGCGUGACAUUGUGCAGGGAUAA